AACAGAAGCAGAUCACGGAGGAGAAAAACAGACAUUUACUUUUCUACCAAGGGGUUUGGAAGAAAUACAGUUUCUCAGAAAUGGAUCAGAAGUGGAUUUCAAUCAUCUUGCUUUUCUCAGCUGUCUGUGGCGUAUCUGCAUACGUUCCUCGUCAGUAUGUCUUUGUGAAUGAGAGUAAAUCCUGGACUGAAGCUCAGAGCUACUGCAGACAGAACUACACUGACCUGGCCACCAUCAGUAACAUGGAGGAGAUGAAGAAGCUCAAUUCUACUCUAAACACACUGAAAAAUGCACCCAACAGCUCUGUUUGGAUCGGCCUAAAAAAAGGGGUUGCUGGGAAAUGGCUGUGGUCUCUUGCACAUGGAAAUUUCUACAGAGAUGGAGACACGUACAGAAACUGGAGGGAGAGAGAACCUAACAAUUGGGGGAACAAGGACGAGUACUGUGUUGCGAUGUAUAAAGAUACUGGAGACUGGUUUGAUAUUCAGUGUAAAGAAUUAUACUCUUUUGUGUGCUACAACGAAAAGAAGACGAGCACUGAAAGAUACGUGUUCAUUAAUGAGAAAAAGAACUGGCACGAUGCUCAGAGCUACUGCAGAGAACGUCACACAGACCUGGUCAGUGUGAGGAACCAGACGGAGAACCAGCUGAUUUUUAAUUUGUCAAAAAUCAACUCAAAUGAUCAUCACAUUUGGAUCGGCCUGUUCAACGACUCCUGGCAGUGGUCGGAUCAGAGUAACUCCUCAUUCAGAUACUGGAUGUCUGGUCCAGAGAAUUAUGGUCAAGGUGAAAUGUGUGCUGCAGUGUUUGAGCAGGGCUACUGGAAUAAUGUGAGGUGCAACAACAAGCUCCCGUUCUUCUGCUAUGAGAAUAAGCUGAUCUUGAUCAAGGAGAAUCUGACCUGGAGAGAAGCUCUGAGAUACUGCAGGGUGAAGCAUGUGGAUCUGGUCUCAGUUCACUCUGAGGAGAUCCAGCUCUGGGUGAAGGAGGUGGCACAGAACGCCUCCACUGAACAUGUGUGGCUGGGUCUGCGUCACACCUGCACCCUCAGCUUCUGGUUCUGGGUGAGUGGAGAGUCUAUCUGCUACCAGAACUGGGCCCCAGGUAACGGGACAGGAGGAGAAGACUGCAGCCCUGUAGAGAGAACCGGAGCGGUGCAGGCUAGAGGAGGUCAGCAGUGGGUCAGCCUGCCUGAGGACCACAAACUCAACUUCAUCUGCCUCACCUAUGAAGGUUAGAUACUGAAACCAGGUUUUGUUCCCCUUCAAUAACCAGCAUAUAUUCAAUAACCAGCAUCAGUGGAUCCUCAGUUUUACUUACAGAUAUCAUAAAUAAUAAAGGGUUGUAUGGAUCCCUCUACAUAAACAUAUUUACAUAUUGAAUUUCCUCCAGUGUGGACUUCUUCUCCUACUGUUCUUCUUGACUCAAUUACACCUUUCCAUUUAAAAUCUUUGUUUACACUGAUAAAACUGUUUAUUCAACUGUCAUUUUUAAACAGUUUGUUCUUAUUUAGUUUCAUCAACAUUCCAAUGUGUUUUCUUAUAUGUACUUUUUAGCUAAGACUAUGUAUAAUUGAGUUUUGGCUUUACCUGCCAUGUUGAUUUUCAUUCUGUAAUCAUCAGGAUAUUCAGUUGUAAUUGCCUGAUUAUUUCACUCAAUAAACGUAAAUAAAAAUACAAAAUCAUGUAAAUUUA